UGAAAAUUUGGAAGUAGAAGCUAAGAAUAUAAUACCAGACAACAGACCGCCACCUGGGUGGCCAGCUCGUGGAGAAGUUCACAUUAAAAAUUUGGAAAUUAAAUAUGGACCUAAUAGUCCUCUAGUUUUGAAAGGCAUCUCAAUUGAUAUUAUGGCUGCUGAAAAAAUUGGAAUCGUUGGUCGAACUGCAAAGUCAUUUUUUAGACUUAUUGAAGCAACUUCUGGAAGUAUUGUAAUUGAUGAUAUUGAUAUCAGUACUAUUGGAUUAAAAGACUUUAGAAGUAAUAUUACUAUCAUACCUCAAGAUCCUGUACUAUUUAAUGGUACUAUAAGCAACUUGGACCCAUUCAACAAGCAUAGCGAUCUCGAGUUAUGGAAUGCACUUCAUCGUGUACACCUAAUUGAAAAUUCCAACCAUACUUUUGAAAAUAAAAAAUCAGAAACCAUCCUUUCUAUUUCAGACCAAAGAAAUGACCAAGAACCAUUAAUACUAGACUCAUCAGUCAAAGAAAAUGGAUCAAAUUUUUCUCAAGGCCAACAACAACUGAUUGCAAUGGCCAGAGCACUAGUUCGUCAUUCCAAAUUGAUAAUAAUGGAUGAAGCUACAGCCAGUGUAGACUUCAAAACUGAUCAUCUAGUACAGGCUACAAUUAGGGAGGAGUUUAAAGAUCAUACUGUUAUCACUAUUGCGCAUAGGUUGCGAACUAUUGUAGACUAUAAUAGAAUUCUGGUUAUGGAAUUAAUGGGAAUUGCUAAGCAGAAAUAUGAGAAUAUAUCGUUGAAACGGAGUUACAUUGUCGUGCCGCAAAAGAAUUUGGAAUCCCGUGAUAUCCUAGCUAAUCGAUCUAAAAAACAG